AUGUCCCUCAAGGCUGAACUCGAAACCUGGGCCGCUGCCCUCCAGGCCUACGACCAGGAAGACUUUGAAAAGAGCUUGGAGCUCUUCUCCCAGAUCGCAGACUCUAGCAAGAUCCUCACCAACAUCGGCCUCAUCUACGCCACCCUCGGCGAGCACGAGGCUGCCGUCGAGCAGUUUACUGCUGCCACCGAGCUCGACCAGUACCUUGCCGUAGCAUACUUCCAGUGCGGCGUCUCAAACUUUCUGCUCACCCGAUACGACGCCGCGUACAACGACUUCUCGUCCGCCCUCCUCUACCUCCGCGGGAACCAGUUCAUCAACUAUGAGCAGCUCGGGCUCAAGUUCAAGCUCUACUCGGCCGAGGUCCUCUUCAACCGCGGUCUCACCCAGAUCUACAUGGGCAACGCCCAGGAGGGUCUGGCGGACAUGGAAGACGCGCGCCGGGAGAAGGCGACGGAGGAGCACGGCGUGAUCGACGACGCCAUCCAGGAUCGCGGCGAGGGCUACACCGUAUUCUCGAUCCCCGUGGGGGUGCUGUACAGGCCGGCGCAGAAGAAGCUGGAGAACUCAAAGGCGCGCGACUUCCUGGGCAAGGCGAAGCUGGUGGCGGCGGAGUCGACGAACGACCUGUUCACGGAGUUCACCGGCGUCGUGCGGCUGAAGCAGGGCGUGACGCCCACCAACGUCUUCCUGGAGGACGGCCCGACGUCGAACCUGUCGCGGGCGGCGACGGUGGCGGCGCCGUCUGUGAGCCCGGCAGAUGGCGACGACCCGAAGCCCAACCUCCAGCGCGCGAAGACGACGAUCAACGUCCCCGCGGACGCGCGUGAGCGCAUCCGCGCAGCAAACGUGGGCGGCGCAGGUUCCGCGCCGGUGACACCACCCAAGACGUCCCCCACGGCCCCGGCCGGCCCCUCGCUCACGCGCAGCGCGACGUCUGCAGGCGCAGGUCGCGGCCCCAGCGCGCCACUGGGACUCAACGGCCCCACGCGCGGGCUGAGCAUCCGCAAGGGCGGCUCUCCGACCGGCCCCACCGGCUCCGCGCCUCCUCGGGGCGGCGCAGGCGCGCGCAUGACGGAGUUCUACGACGACUACCUGGAGGGCUACACCGGGGAGGAGGCGAACGAGGUGCCCCCGUUGCCGGAGGCGCGUGUGGCGAACUGGGCGAAGGGCGUCGGGCGCGGGGGGCGGCCGAGCGCACCGCCGAGCAGCUACGGGGGGAGCCUCUCCGGGGGCGGGUCGAUGCGCCGGAAGCUGACGCGCCGCGGGACGGCGGCGAGCCGGGGGCCGGGCUCGCGCGCGGGCUCGAGCUUCUACGGGGGGUACGAGGAGGAGGAGGAGGGGUACGUGAGCGGGGAGUACGAGGACAUGUUCGAGAUGGUGAAGAUCCGGGUGAAGCUGCACUACCGCGAGGAGGUGCGGGGGAUGGCGCUGCUGCCCGAGACGCCGUUCGAGGAGUUCAUGGAGAUGGUGACGCGCAAGUUCGGCGUCGUGCCGGGCGCGCUCGGCAUGAAGUUCAAGGACGAGGACGGCGGGAAGGUGACGUUGCGCGACGAGAUGGACUACGAGCUCGCGAUCGAGACCGCGCGCCAUAGCGCCAAGGGCAGGCCCGAGGGCCGCCUGGAGAUCUGGUGUAUGGACGAGUGA